GUCCUAAGAUGGCGGACCGGCGGCGAAGGAGGAGGCGCGCGUCCCAGGACAGCGAGGACGACGACGAGUCCGGUUCUGGUUCGGACAGCGGGAGGUCCGGAUCCCCGGCGACUAAAAGCCGGGGCAGAGACCCGGAGCCAGCGGAGGCCGCGGUGGGCCGGACCGAGGCCAAGAGCGACGUGGAGUCCGAGUGUGAGAGUGAAGAUGGAGUAGGAGAAGCCGUCCUGUCCGACUACGACAGCGCAGACCCAGAGGAGAACGGGUCGCAUUCAGAGGGAGUAGAGGAGGAGGAGGCGGAGCCGUACAAUAACGAAGAUACUCCUGCAGCCGCCGGCGACGCCAAACCCACCGCAGCUGGCGGGCCGACACAGGGAGAGGAGGAGGAUGAAGAAGAGGAAGAGGAGGCGGCAGACGUAGGACGACGAAGUAAAGACGAGAGUAAACCUGAGGAGAAGGGUAACUCAGCAGGAGAGAGACAGAGUGGAGACGGACAGGAGUCGACCGAUGACCCGGAGACCAAGGCGGGAGGGAAACCGGGUCAACAGCUGGACGAUGAUGAGGACCGAAAAAACCCUGCCUACAUUCCCAGAAAAGGUCUGUUCUUUGAACAUGACGUGAGAGGCCACGCCCAGGAGGAGGAGAGACCGAAAGGACGGAACAGGAAGCUGUGGAAGGACGAAGGACGCUGGGAACAUGACAAGUUCAGAGAAGAAGAACAGGCCCCCAAGAGCCGUGAGGAGCUGAUCGCCAUCUACGGCUACGACAUCCGCAACGGCGGCGGUCACGGAGAACGGCCGUUCAGACAGAGGAGGCCACGACAAAAUGUGUCUCCAAGCCGAGACAAACGCUGGAGGGAUGGAGGAGAGCGCCCGCUUCGAUCCUGGCAGAGCGGAGGGGGCGGGCUGAACCGAUCUGGAGCUCCACCUCCUUCAUCCAUCCACCCCUCUUCCUCGUCCCCGUCCUCCGUCCCCCUCCCCUCUGCUCAGCGUGGUACCACCCCCUCCAGACCGCCCCCGUCCCGCAGUCGACCGUCCCACCAGAACCACACCCACCUCCCACCUCAGACCCAGUUCCGCAGUAGCGAACCCAACCCGACCCAUGUCCAUCCCAGAGAGCGGCAGCCGGGUCCGAAGGCUCCACCGGAGCCACCCGGAGACAGGGGCGUGGUCAGCAGAGGUGGGCGUGGUGGGGGGCGUGGAGCUCCCUCUGCGGUCUCUGAGGAUACCCUGGUCCACCCGGGUGGCGCCGGAGACCAGGAGCUGGGGUUGGCGGCAGUGGCGGUGUCUCCGCAGCCGGCAGGGUAUCAGUCUGUGUCGCCACGGCGGCAGCAGCAGGAACACAAAGGGAGCGUGGACAGACCGGUGUCUGGCUCCCCCUCCGACCCCACCCCGCAGUCAUCAGCGGUGUACAAUCGAGAAGUGUCCCCGCCCACAGAGCGACCAGUGGAGCGUAAGUCGUACUCUCUGGUUCGCAGGACUCGCUCUCGGCCCGCGGACUUGGGCAGCAAACAGCCAUCGGUGGAGGAGGGAGGGGCUGGGGGCGGGGCCUCAUCUCCUGGGGGCGUGGGGGGUAAGGGCUGGACCGGUGGAGGAGACGGACCGAGUCAGACUGGAGGAGGAGGGGCGGCGCUGUCGGAUAUGGACCAGGACCUGGCUCGACUCAGUCUGUCAGGGCAGAACUGGAACCAGAACCCGACCUCGUACAUCCGGUCUGAGAUCAGAGGCCUCACCAACACCAUGCACAUCCCUGGAGGACCGCCACAGUUCUCCAGUAUGGACGAGAUGGGCGUCGGCUCCAACCGGGCCAAACGCUACUCGUCCCAGCGGCAGAGGGCGGUCCCUGAGCCGGCUCCACCCAUGCACCUGGGGGUGAUGGAGGGACACUACUACGAACCCAUGUCGUAUCAGGGACCAAUCUACACCCAUGGGGAUGGCCCCGCCCCCAUCCCACCCCAAGGCAUGCUGGUCCAGCCGGAGAUGCACAUCCCACACCCUGGUCUCCACCCUCACCAAUCGGGUGCCCCCAUCACUAACCCCGCCCUGUACGGAGGCCCGCCCGUCUCCCUGUCACCAGGGCAACCCCAGCAGCUGCUGCCACCCCCAUUCUACCCUCCUCCAGGGGUCAUGACCUUCCCCUACCCGGCCAUGUACCCCAACCCACAGGUCCAGGGUCAGUCCCAGGUGACCUACGGGGGCGUGACCUACUACGACACGGUCCAGCAGCAGGCCCAGCCCAAGCCGUCACCCCCCCGCCGGACGUCCCAGCCCGUCACCGUCAAACCCCCCCCUCCGGAGGUUCCCUUUGCCUCAGAGUGACCCCGCCCCUCAUCCCUCCCCGCCACCCAGUCUCAGCCGUGGCCUGAACCCAAAACUACAGGAGCGGGUGGGAGGGUCGGUGAGGAGCAGAUGGACAGACGGCGCCUGGAGGAGGGGGCGGUCCUACAGGUGGCCCUCAGGCUCUGAUUGGUCCGUCACAGGUUGGAUCCCCGGUUCUGCCCGAACACAUCAAACCCUUUAGAGCCACGUUGGAAGCAUUUAAGGCGUCGGGACAAAGCUUCGGCUUGGAGAAGCGGGACUGAAUCCCAGGAGGCGUUACCCGGGCAACGCUAACGGUUUAUGUUCGUCGUGUUCAGAGCGUUAACGCGUCGCCGCAAACUGACCUUCCAUCGUAGGUAGAGACGGAAACGGCGUCGGCGCUGAGUUCUGCUCCGACGGGUUUUCACUAAAUCACAGCUUUAGUUCAGACUCAACUACUUUAACGUUGUUUAUUAUCAAAUCGGUUCGUCCUUCAAACUCUAAACGCCUCGUUUUUUCCAGAUCGCUAAUUAAAACUGGCAAAAGCAGCGGCACGUUGAAUUGACAGUGAACGCAUCACACUGGAGACAAACACAGACCAGCUUAUGAACAGAGGAGCGGGACGCAGACAGUCACCUGACCUGUGACCCCAGUACGUUCAGGUUUCACAUUCAGCCAAAAGGAUCAAAAGGAACAGAAGAAUCUAGAAAUAAGAAGGAACACAAACGGUUCUGUUAGUAUGAAAUAAGGACCGGUCCAAACGGUUCUGUGAGUUCAGGAGGAAAAGUCCAGUUACACAAUGGAAACAUCUACCACACGUCCUUUAAAAAGAAGAACCAGUGCAUUAUUUACAGAAUAUUAGAACUGUAUCAGUCCAGUUCCACUGAGUUCUACAAAUGUUGUUCAUAUUUGUUCAGAUUCUUCACGUUUGUUAAAGGAUAGUUUAUAAAUGUAAAUAUUUUCAUGUAAUUGGACUUUUUUUUCCCACUAAAACAGUAAAAGUGUGUGAUUUUUUUAUUUUUUAUUUUAAUUUUUAAAUUUUUUUUUUUUUUUUGGAGGUUAUGGUGGUUCUUGUCCUUUAGAUCAUUUUGGUCUGAAUGUGGACCCUGAACUGAACUGAUGGUCCGUGUCCUCAUGGACGGGGCUGGACUCUGGGGGCGGGGCUUGACCCCCCUGUUUCUGAUGGAGCCGUUGUUUUGUUCCAGGUGGAUUUAUUCACGUUCAACACUUUGAAUAAAGUCGCGAAGCAUUCGUAUCCGUUGGAGUCGAGUUUAUCGAGGCUUCGCUGACGUCGACCAGUUUAAAAAGAAUCAGUCGAAGAAAAACUGACACUGAAUAAAAAAUACAGCUGCAGUUUUACAGAAAAACUAUUAGAGGAAAUGAAGAAAAUGAACACAACCAAGAAUAAAAUGAAAGCAUCACAAACACACAUCGUUCUCCUCAUAUUCAUAUUUAACUGGUCCAUAUGUGUUCAUCAGUCUGUGGACCCGUUGAAUCCAGGUGUUUCUUUUCUAAUGGGUCUGGGAUCCAAAACAAUAAUGACUAAUGUCAGAAUAGAGUUUUAUAUUAUGGGAUA